AAAAGUCAUAUCAAUUGUAACACUAUUUGUGAACAAUUGAUUAAAUGUCACCAAAAAUAUUGAGUCAUUAAUUGAUUUGAUGGACAAAAUAGUGUCAACUGAUCCACACUUUCAACACUUUGACUCAAUUGAUGACAAUUUCUUCAUAAGAAAAUAUUAACAACUGAUUGCCGAAGAAGACAUGGAUCUAAUUAUGGACGACAAACCAACUUCAAGUGAUUCACCGCUUAUGUUGAAUCAGAUGUCCAGUCAAUUGGCUCAACAAGUAUUGGCCCAACAAAUGGUGUCUUCAAGUGUUGUCUCAUCUCAGGCACAGUUUGUGGCCGCAGGUGUUCCCACAUUACUGACACCAUCGCAGAUGCCGUCACUCGGCAUAAGUCCCAUUCAACCGACGAACUCAACAUCAAAAUACGCGCAACUUUUGCAAGUGAUUGAAGAAUUAGGCAAAGACAUUCGGCCGACAUAUUCGGGUUCAAAGAGUUCGGCCGAACGGCUCAAGAGAGGUAUAAUUCACGCGAGAAUUCUGGUCCGCGAAUGUCUUAUUGAAACAGAAAGAAAUAACUCAAGAAACUGAUGACCACUUUAUUUAUACAGAAAUCCAUCCCUUAAUUAUGAUAUCAAUGAAAACAUUUUUAUACGAUAUUUCCAUUG